UUCUUUCCUCCAUCACCAAGCGGUUAAUCUAACCUCUCUCUCUAACAACUUUAUAAACUCCUCUAUUUCUUGUGGGUAUGCAUGAAUGAAAGACAAAGAGAGACUCGGUGACUCACUCACUCACACAGCUGGCCUCCGCCUCCCUACGAUUCUCCCGCGCCGGCGCUUCCAGAUUCUCCGUCUCUAAAAUUCUCUCUCGGUACUUUCAUCAAACACGUUCAAAACAAAGCACCUCCAUGCCUCCCUCCCACCCCCUCCUCCCUCAUUUUCUCCUCCCCACCUCCUCCUCCUCCUCCUCCUCCUCCACCGCCCUCUGAAUCAACGUCCCAAUCCGAAACCACCAGCAAUGCUAGAUCUGAACCUCGGCUUCGUCUCCCGCGACGACGUUUCCAUGUCCCAAAACAAGCUUCUCACCCCCUCCCCGGUCGAAUGCUCCGGAAGCUUCAACUCCUCCUCCAACCUCACUGUCACCGGCGACGACGAUGACGACUCCACUACUCUCAAUUUCCUUGCUCCGAACGACGGCGUAUCCGCCAAUCACCAAGACGGUCGGAGGACCAUCCAGCUUUUUCCACUCGCACAAUCCGUAAGCUCUUCUUCUUCGUCGUCGGCGGCUUCUAAAAAGCAUUGGCUGGGACUAUCGUCCGGUUCCCGAUUGGAGCUUGAGCCGACUUACUAUGCUCCCGCGGAGCCGAGGAUCGCUCGCCCGCAGCAGGUGAAGAAGAGCCGGAGAGGGCCCAGGUCCCGGAGCUCGCAGUAUCGGGGCGUUACGUUUUAUCGAAGGACCGGGAGAUGGGAAUCCCAUAUUUGGGAUUGCGGGAAACAAGUGUACUUGGGAGGAUUUGACACUGCCCAUGCUGCUGCUAGGGCGUAUGAUCGAGCUGCGAUCAAGUUCCGCGGAAUUGAGGCUGAUAUUAAUUUCAGUGUCAGUGAUUAUGAGGAUGAUAUUAAGCAGAUGAGUAGUUUUACAAAGGAAGAGUUUGUGCAUAUCCUGCGUCGCCAGAGUACUGGUUUCUCCAGAGGAAGCUCAAAAUUCAGGGGAGUCACUCUGCACAAAUGCGGCCGCUGGGAAGCUCGUAUGGGCCAGUUUCUAGGCAAGAAGUAUGUAUACCUUGGCCUAUUUGAUAGCGAGAUUGAAGCUGCAAGGGCAUACGACAAGGCUGCCAUCAAAUGCAAUGGACGAGAAGCGGUCACCAACUUUGAUCGAAGCUCGUAUGAUGGGGAGAUAAUGUCUGAGGCCAAUAACGAAGGCAGCCACCAGAGUCUUGAUCUGAACUUAGGAAUUGCUCCGCCUUUGGUUUCUGAAAUCCAAAAGGAGAACAUGAAUUUGAGAAGCUUUCCUUUUCAGCUAGGCUGCGACGACAUUCCCAUUCACUUGAGAGCAAGGAAUGAGAUCUCUGUUCCAGCACCCAUGAGGUCUCAUCUUUCUCAUGGCUCAAUUGUGGCGUCUAAGGAGCCUCCUAUAAUGAGCAACAUGAAUUCCAGUUUCUUUCCCUUUCAUAUGGAAAGAGCAACGGAGAAGAGUAUGGAUGUUAACUCAUUUCCCAAUUGGGCAUGGCAAGUCCAAGGCCUGAAUGGCGGGGCAACCUCCAUGCCACUCUUCUCUGCUGCAGCAUCAUCAGGAUUCCCCUCUUCAACAGCCACUUCAUCGUCAUCAGCUGUCACUCAACUUCAUUUCCCUAACACGGCCAUUCUCCACCACCAUUUUUCACCAUCAUUCACCAACAACAUCCCCCAUUUCUAUUGCAGAAGCUGAAAACCAGAAGCAGGUCAUGAUAGGUUAGUAUUUUAAUCUAGAAUGUAGUUUCGGACUCUUUAGGGAGGCAAGGUAACAAGGAAUGAGAAAAGUAAGUUUAGUAGUUGUCAACUUUAUUUUGCUUGCAUUAUGUAAAGCUUAUGAAAUCGAGCAUUUUGGUAUGGCAUGGAAAAACUGCGGUAUCUUUGCCUUCGGCCAGCGAAUAUCAUAGACUUCCGGUCACACAUUGUUCUCCAUGCUUCAUUUGGGGUGCCGAAACGCAGUCGGAGCAAAGUGUACUUUUUGCAGCUUUAGAAUAAAACUUCAAAUCUUGUUUUACUUAUGAAGCGUUUGUACUUUGUAGUACUUUAGCAGGAAUGCUAAUAUGUUUCUGAUAUCCCAGAUUGGUCCUUGUUUUCAAACUUUGUGUAUGUAUUAUGAGUUAGCAAGCC